AUGCUGCUUUACUUACGUCGCACGUGGGUACGGUCUUCUCCCUUACAAUGUCUAGCGCAGAUACCCGGUAGACGCGCUGCGUCGACCAAAGCCACGAAGCCCGCUUUCGCCCAAUCCCUUCUGAAGGAGACAACCCCGACAGCGUCAAGAUUGGCCGAAACGGGGGCUUGGGCGAUGACUCCACGAUCCAAGAAGCCAGAAUAUGGCAGUGCUGCUGCAAAUAAACCCAAGACGAAGAAAAAGGUCAAGGGCGACAAGUCGCGUGUCAAUGUCGUGGACGAGAAGCUAUGUGACGAUAUCUUGAAAUACAUAGGUCCUACACUCGAAAGACACGUUGGCUGCGACUUGGUCGACAUCAACCCGGGCGCCGGCGUCUGGAGUCGUAAGCUCCACGAGGUCCUCCAACCGCGCACCCAUAUCCUCAUGGAACCCGACGACGAGCUUUACCGACCCUUCCUCCAGCCUCUACUCGAAAAUCCAAAUACAAAACUGAUACCCCAGUCCGGAAUCCUUUGGGACGAGCUGAACGAGGUGCUCGGCCACAUCCAGAACCAGGUCCCUCAGCCGAGGGGCCCCGACAUCGAGCCCACGCGCAACGACACCCUCCUCGUGACGGCGAACCUCGCCUUCUUUCCCAAGAAACGCUACCGCAACUUCGAUUCUGUCGCCUCACUCGUGCUCUUCCAGCUCAUCAGCAGCAUCCGCACCGGCACACUAUUCCAAAAAUAUGGCCUUGUCCGCAUGCUGGUUUGGGCCAACAACGACGACCAGCGCUCGUUCCUAGCAAGGAACCUCCAAGGGCGGCGCAAGUCGUCAAUUGAGGCCGAGUUUGCGUGCGAGUGGCUCGGCGUGGUGGCCGGCAAGGAGGCGUAUUCGAACUCGGACUCCAAGAGAGACGUUUGGCACGUUCGCGAUCGGUGGAUCGAUAUCGACAGCACAAUGGACACACUGGAAAGGAUGAGAAAGAAUGGCUUGGAGAUGCCAGAGGGACGAAAGUUGGAUUCUACGACGCAGGCUGAACAAGGGGCCGUCGGCACUGGGCGCCACGCAGGCGUGCAAACGCCGUAUCUCAGCCGGCCCUACAUGGCGGAGCUGAAGGAACUUGAAGACGAGCUGGCGGCCGGCAUCCUAGACACGUCGAGUACAUCAAAACCCUUCAAACGCCUCAAAUUCCUACGGCACACAGUCAAAACCCACGAAGAAGACGCCGAGAAGAACAAGAUCCUCCUGGCGGAAAUGUACGAGCUCAGCCGUCUGCGUGCGAACAAGGCCGGCACGGACGCGGAACUGGGCGAGCGCGAACGGGCGUGGGAGGCCAAGGUCUCGGCGCUCGGCAAGAACUUUCUCAUCGACUUCCGCGUCCUCCGUGAUAACUUGCACAUCUUUCGGCAAGACCCGCCGGUGAUGCUCUGGGACCGGCGACCCUACGAGCCGCUCGCCGUCAGCCCGGCCGAGUUCUUCCCCAACGUCGAGUGUUGUCUGUUGGACAUCCAGCCCAAGGCGAUGUAUCCGCUCCUCCGGCAGUCCGGGCCGGGCACCUCGCAUGCGGGCGACAUGUUUGAACUGUUCCGAGCGUCCAUGCUGGCGCAAGGCCUGGAGCCCGUCAGCAAGUCUCUGGAGCGCAUCUGGCCCGGGGCGGCGGAGGGUAUCUUGCCGCACUGCCCCAGCCUGCGGGACCCGGCCCAGGGAGGACUGAAUGCAACGGGGAGCGCGGAGCUCUGUUCUCGAGUACUGAACGAGAAGCAGUGGAUGGAGCUCAUGGAGGCCUUCAUGGCGUGGCCAUUCCGGCCAACGUACGAGGAGAUGAUUGGGCGAUUGGCGGACGACAUUGAGCCCGCCGAGGAUGAUCACAACGCCGGCGGCAGCAGCAUGUCGACGGAUGCGGCAUUGGCGUAG